AUCGCUUAAAACCCACCAUUUUCUGAAAUAAUUGUCUUGAUAAUGCCUCACAGCAAUGCCACAAUCUUUGUCAAGUUGUGAUGUUACGAUGGGGAAGGGUCGGAGGAGGAUAACCCUUUACACGCAUAUAUAGCUAUUUUCUUUGAUGGCUUUUGGAGAGUUUUCUAUCUACCGUAAGCUUACCGGUAAUGUAGGGGCCUGAUCGAGAACCCUUCAAAACGACGAAAUUUUGGUUUUAAAUGCGCCUAACCACUAAGACUUUUUGCCUGCCUGCCCGCUGCAUGCAAGACUUCCCAUGGGCACUGUUCGCAGUCAGCCAUCGCCAGUCAUGACUCACUCAGCCUACCACGCUCUUCAUCAAUUUUUCGGAAUCGAGACGAAUUGUGAAUUGGCUUUUGAGUUUUCGUUGCUAUCGCCCGUGGGGAAGGGAACUGCACUAGGAAGAUGGCAGAUUCGAGCAGCACCGCAGCAGGGGAUGCUGUAAUAGCGCAUCACCAGAUUGACGGCCAUGACGACGCCGGGGCUGAUUUGUUCGUGGAUGGAUUGGCUUGCUUAGUUGAGAGUUGGAAUGCUGAUAUGAUAGAGUCUUACUGUGCCAUGCUUCGUGAACUGUACGAGUGCCGGUACCGGUACUCUACCAUACCGGUGUCAUGGGCACAUGGCGGUGGCCGAACCGGGGCUGAAGCACAGCACGCAAUAAGCUCUUUCCACUCGCUCUAGUCCGAUCGUUGCCAUAGCGAUGCAGAUUUAGACAACCCAAAUUUUAGCGGUGGCAUCGCGAGGUUUUGUGUGCUACUCGAGUAGUACUAGUAGACUCAUGCUUCAUUGCCGUAAUACGGUACUGGUAAUGCUUGCCCCGGGUGGGCUUUUUCGGGGUGGUUUGUUCAGCUUGGUUUAGGCGCUGUUUCAUUUGUGGGUCGGCGUUGAUGCUCAACCUCGAUACAGUUGAUAGUGCAUCAUAUCAUACUGCAUUUACCGUUACUCGUGCAAUCCACUCAUUGGAACACCAGCUAGUCAGCCACGAUAGGCUUAGUUUGAUAGGUUGG